AUGACCUCGGAGAUUUCACCUCGCACUGUACGCUUCACAGACGGGGACGAUGGCAAAGGACUUGAUACUUCAAACCCUUCCGAUAUCAUGGACCGCCCGCAUGUUCACACCAGCGAUUCGGGAGGUUCAGGCUCAUCUGCAGAUUCACAAGACUUUGUCGAACAUAUAAAUACUGAUGCUGUACACGAUGCACACUCCGAUACCUUUCUUCCUAUCGAUCCUCGACCCCAGAUGAAUAGUAUGAAUUCGACCAUGCGCAGUCGAGGUAGCAAUUCGGAAACAAAUGGUGCAAUAUAUGGUCGCGAAGUCACGUUCAAUAAUACACCUCAAACUCCUCUGAAUGGAGCGACGAGCAGACCCCAGAGGCCUACAGCACCAGCCCGAACUCCUUCAAGUACAUACGCGCCUGCGCGGAGACCUCCACAAGCUCCGUACAUGUCAAUUUCGGACCGCAAUCGAUCCGUUUCAACUUCAAGAUUUAAUAGACAGGAUCCAAACGGCGCAUAUCGUGCGCAAGAAAGAGCUUACGUGCAGCGGUUACGGCAAAACGAUCCACCUUUCGAAUAUUUUGAACCUUAUACCCCAAGUCUUGGAUAUGGAACAGGAUCAGAUACCGAGGAGGAAUCGCCAUCAGAAUUGCAAUUCGAUGGUGACCCCUUCGACCAGGAGACUGUCCUUUUCUACAACAACGAUGACAUACAACCUAGUCAAGAAGACUUAAAAGAUCCCGCAAAUAGAGAGCGUCUGGAAUGGCAUGGGAUGUUGGCAUCAGUGUUGACGGGAGACGUGGUCAGGCAGGAAAAGAAACGUCUUAUUGGCAAUUCAGAAAAUAAAGCAGAUAACAUUGGCACCGAGAUCUGGCUCGGGGUUCGAUCGAAAGUAUGCGGAAGAAGUUUAGGAGCCCAGCGACGAAUAUUAGAAGAUACCCGAGCCAACCUUGACACCGUUCUUGAGGAGAUCAUUAAAUUUCAGGUACAAGGAGAAAGUGAGGCGGGAAAAUCACCUCUCGAUCAAGUACGGGACAUAGUCGCGAAAAUCGAGAAGUGCGAAAGUCUAUACCCAUCUCGCACUGGCUUAGAACUGGCGAAUAAAUUGGCAGCGUCCUCACCAUUCGCUGCCACCUGCGAUGCUGUCAUAUCAUGGCACAAUACCACCGAACUCAUCAAUAUUGAGCUUGCUGUGCUACAAAACUGGGUAGGGAAUUCGGAACUCGACUUCAACAAAGUGAAAGAACGCUCGCCUUCAGGACAUGGACUCUCCGACGAGACAUCCUUUAUUGAUAGAUUACUAAAGGAAGACGGGCUGAAAUCUCUGCAGGGUGAUAAAAGCAUACUUUUAGGUGUAUCUGAGGUCAUCAUGAAAGCAAAGAAUACACUUAUCGAAAAUUCUGAAGGCUUCGCAAAACGGCAUCUACCUCCUUAUAUCGAGGAAUUACUCACUCUCAUAAAUUUUCCUUCCCGCCUCAUCGAGGAGAUUAUUAAAGUUCGACUUCAGUAUGCAAAGAAGAUGCGAGAUUCCACGCAGCAGAACGCAAUGAUGGCUGAGCAAAUGAUCUCACAAUUUAGAAUAUUACUAAAACUUGCGAUACUGAUCAAGCAAGAGUACCUAACCAUAUCAAAUCCUGAACCUGGAUGGGAUCUACCGCCUUGCAUUGAUGAGUCUUUUGAUCAAGUGGUCCUGGAUGCACUCAAGUUUUACUUCAAGAUGCUCAAUUGGAAAUUAGGUGGAAAUAAAAACACUUUCAAAGAAGCAGAAGUUCUUGAGCAGGAAUGGGACUUCUCUAAUGAGAUUGGAAGACAUCUGCAAGGGGGUGAUGUUGAAGUUGCAGAGCAAUUCAGCUCUCUAACCCACAAGGCCUUCUUUCGUUUGAAUACCACCUUCGAAAAAGAAAUGGUGAGAAAGCCGAAAGAAACAGCUGCGGAGAUGACGAAGCGUUAUAAGCAAAGUCUAGACUCCGUUCGUGUGCGACAGCGUAUGUUGCAGCGAUUUUCCCGGGUUCUGAGUGAUCGCUUUGAAAAUUCAACGGAUUUCAGCAUCGCUAUGAAACACAGUGGCUUGCAAGAAUUAUACUCGAGGCUCAUCGAAACUGGACAUUUCUUGGUUUAUACUGCGAGCAUCGAGCACGAUGGCAUUUUUCUGAUAGCCUCUCCAUCUCUAUAUAACCGACCCCAAGAUAUCCAGUCCAUCCUAGGAACAUGUUAUCAUUCAGAAGAAGUGCAAGCAGAUACUAGCAAUCCUUACAUAUUAGUCCUUCGUCCCGAAGUCCCAAUAGGAUGGGAUGGGCGACAAGUCGACUCGGCUUUAAUCAACAUCAAUAUCGACUUGAAAGUAGGGCAUCUUCGACUCAUUGCAGACGGAUCACAAGCCAGAUUAUCAAAUGCACGUUUGGCGUUCUUGAAUUCCAUCGGCAUACAUCUAGAUAUGGUGGUUGAACAAAGGUCUCACCUCAAGAAAGUUCACAUCAAAUUGACCGACAUUAAGAAAGUCGUGUAUAAGCUUUCGAACUUGAUCAUGGACAGUGUGGAAAUUGUUAGAAAACAAACGGAAGGUUUGGAAUGUCAGGAACUUAUUCAAACCUGUUUCGUCUUCGCAACCGAGUUUGGCCAGAGGUCUCUGCCAUAUAUGGAUAGAAAUCGGAAACAAAUGAACAACAUCAAACUCACAAAGAUCGCCUUGGAUUGGGUGAGCUUCGUUUGCGAUGACUGCAUUCCCACGGAUCGUAAGACCUUCAGAUGGGCAGUGCUUGCACUUGAAUUUGCAAUGGUCAUGACUCAAGGUCAGCACAUAAUAGCGCUCGGAGAAGACGAGUAUUCAAGGCUUCGAUCUAAAGUCGCGGGAUGUAUGUCUCUAUUAAUUUCGCACUUUGACAUCAUGGGUGCAAAAUCAAACUUAGCCGCUCAAGCAGAGAAGCAGCGGGUGGAGAUACUGAAUGGCCAAUUUAGGAAGAUGGAUAUUAGAGGAAUGGCCGCCGAUGAGGAAGCAGCUGCCUAUGUUCUUAAUCAACGUCUCGAACUAAUAGCUGAUCUUGAUGAAGAACGAAAGGUUAAAGAGGCAGGAAGGCAAGCUCUUGGCAGAGUUCUCGAAGAAAAUACCGAGGCAGACCGAUCUCUCACACAUCUUUCUGCUUCUCCAUCCAACAUCAAUAUGCGCUGGCAACAAGGAAACUUUGUUGGUGGCGGAACCUUUGGAUCAGUAUACGCUGCAAUCAAUUUAGACUCAGGUCAUCUUAUGGCCGUGAAAGAGAUUCGUCUACAGGAUCCCAAUCUCAUCCCCACAAUUGCUGCUCAAAUUUCAGAUGAGAUGCACGUUUUGGAGGUUCUCGAUCAUCCCAACGUUGUCUCGUACCAUGGAAUUGAAGUCCACCGCGACAAAGUCUAUAUUUUCAUGGAAUACUGUUCUGGUGGGUCACUCGCAGGUCUAUUGGAGCAUGGAAGAAUCGAGGACGAGCAGGUUAUAAUGGUAUACGCUUUGCAACUUCUUGAAGGUCUUGCAUAUCUUCACGAAAGCGGCAUUGUCCAUCGCGAUAUCAAGCCAGAAAGUAAGUUUUCAUCUUGCCUUGUUCAUGUCACGAUCGUUCAUCUAAUUAUAAUCCCAGAUAUUCUCCUCGAUCUCAACGGUGUGAUAAAGUACGUAGACUUUGGUGCCUCAAAGGUUAUUGCUCGCCAAGGUAAAACUCUCGUCACCGCGACUACCGCCACCCUCACCAACAAAAACAAAUCUAUGACUGGUACCCCUAUGUACAUGUCCCCCGAAGUAAUCAAAGGGGAGAACCCAGGGAGAGCUGGUUCAGUCGAUGUAUGGUCACUCGGCUGUGUCAUACUCGAAAUGGCUACAGGUCGUCGACCAUGGACGUCUCUCGAUAACGAAUGGGCCAUCAUGUACAACAUUGCCCAAGGCAAUCCUCCUCAAAUGCCAUCACCAGAUCAACUUAGUCCACAGGGUAUUGAUUUCAUCAAGAAAUGCUUCAUCAGAGACCCGAAAAAACGUGCUUCGGCGCCAGAGCUCUUGCAACAUGAAUGGAUCGUAGCGAUUAAGAACCAGGUUUCCAUCGAGCCACAAACCCCAAGCGAUAGUGGAAGUUCUCAAUCUAGCGCUAGAGGAAGUUUUAUCAAUUGA